GGGUGAUGGGCUGUUGUUAUGCCUUCCAUUCGUUCGACUGCUAAAAACGCUUCCUUCCUUUGUCAUCAUCUCCUAAUUCAAACCCAAACUUGUCGUUACUCAAUAGCCACCACCCUCCAAUCUCCACUGUAUCUUCUCCCAGAAUCUCCUUCACUCCAACAAGUCAAACAAGCCCAUGCCCUCACUGUCACCGCCGGCCUCGCAGACGAUGCCACCAUGAUGGGUCACCUCCUUGCCGCAUUGGCUCUAUCCCCAUCUUCCACCUCCUCCUCUGAUUAUCCCCUCGCUGUCUUCCGACGCAUCCACAAUGCUAAUAUAUUUGCAACCAACAAUAUGAUUCGUUGUUUAGCAAAGGGCGAAACACCACAUGAUUCCGUUACUCUAUAUGUGGAUAUGUGUCGUAGCAGUCUACUCCCCAAGCCCAACAACUACACCUUUCCCUUCGUUCUCCAAGCUUGUAGUAAGGCUUUGGCAAUCGUUGAAGGGUUUCAAAUCCACGCCCACAUCGUUAGGCUUGGAUUUGCCCACGAUGUCUACGUUCGAAACGCAUUGAUUCACUUCUAUAGCGCUUGCCACAGGACAGAAAGUUCAAGAUAUAUAUUCGAUGAGAACUCCCAAUCACGCGAUGUGGUCACGUGGAAUAGCAUUCUUGCUGCCUAUGCCAGAGAUGGGCAGAUGGGUCUUGCCGAAAAACUGUUCGCAGAAAUGCCUGAGAAAGAUGUGAUAUCCUGGAGUACCAUGAUAAUGGGUCAUGUCCAAGGUGGGCAUUUGGAGAGGGGCCUGGAAUGCUUUAGAGAGAUGAGAGAGAGGAAGUUAAGGCCCAACGAGGCUAUAUUGGUUACCAUUCUCUCCGCAUCAGCACAAUUGGGUCUGCUUGAGCAUGGCCGUUUGGUUCACUCAACCAUUGAGUCCUUAAAUUUCCCCAUGAGUGUCUCCCUCAACACAGCUCUUAUUGACAUGUAUGCAAAAUGUGGCUGCAUUGAGCGCUCCAAAGAAAUCUUCGAGAAAAUGGCCCACAAGGAUGUUUGGUCAUGGAACGUCAUGAUUUGUGGAUUAGCGGCACACGGACUUGGGAAGGAAGCUCUUGCACUCUUCCGGUGGUUUACAAGUGAGGGAUUCAGGCCAGUGAACAUAACCUUCGUGGGUGUUUUGAAUGCCUGCAGUCGAGCAGGGUUUGUGGAUGAGGGUAGGCACUAUUUCAAGUCAAUGAUAGAGGAUUAUGGCAUUGAGCCGGAGAUGGAGCACUACGGGUGCAUGGUUGACCUGUUGGGACGUGCUGGGUUCAUAGCUGAAGCCCUGGAAUUGAUUGAGAAGAUAACUAUUCAACCAGACCCGGUGCUUUGGGGAACACUGCUUGGGGCGUGUAAGAUUCAUGGUUUAGUAGAGUUGGGUGAAACCAUUGGUAAGAAGCUAAUUCAAUUGGACCCUACCCAUGAUGGGCACUAUGUGCUUCUUGCUAGUAUCUAUGCCAAAGCAAGGAAAUGGGAAGACGUAAGCAGAGUACGCAGAAUGAUGGUUGAUCGAGGUGCAAAUAAAGUUGCAGGAUGGAGCCUUAUUGAAGCUCAGGGAAAGGUUCAUCGGUUUAUCGCAGGGGAUAAGGAACAUGAACGAUCUCCAGAGAUUUACCAGAUGCUAGAAGUGAUUACAAACCGGUUGUCAGAGUCUGGCUAUUUGCCUGACAUUUCACCGAUCUUGCAUGACAUCCAGGAGGAGGAAAAGGAGAAUGUGAUCAAGGAGCACAGUGAGAGGCUGGCUAUUGCUUUUGGUAUGCUGGUUACUGAGAUCGGUGAUUGCAUUAGAAUUGUAAAGAAUUUAAGGGUUUGUUGGGAUUGUCAUGAGGUGAGCAAGAUGAUAUCAAAGGUGUUUGAGAGGGAGAUAAUUGUGAGGGAUGGGAGUAGGUUUCACCAUUUUAGGGAGGGUUAUUGUUCUUGUCAUGAUUUUUGGUAAUCAGUUGGGUUUCAGUCUGUAUAUUUCAUUAUGUUUUAUCUAUUUUAUGACAUAAAAUGUUUGUCAUUCAAUUAGCUCUGACUUACAAAUCCUUUGACUGAUCUUCAUUUGUUCAAAAACUUACUUCUGUUGGAUUUGGGGGGAAUCCAUUCCAAAUUUAACCAUGUUGCCAGUACCAUUCAUGAUUGUUCAUUCGUAUGCUAGGUGGAUUAGAUACUUUGAUGGAUGAUGGAUCAACCAAACACACACAGCUAAACUCAGCACAACUUGAUCGGACUCGGUACCUGUUGAAUAGGUUGGAGAGGAAGCCUUAGCAGCUGAUACAGAUGGUUCUCUCAGUUAAGGACCCCUGACUCUCCUUCGUGUAUUGCUCUGUUCUCAUCUUGAGAAGUAUAAGAUUCAAAC